CGUUCGAAAAUGGUGGUUAUUUGACUAAUAAAGUUGAAACGAAUAAUAAUGGUAUUACUGAUAUACUAACAACAGCCCAUUUUGGUUUAUUACAAUUGGAAGAUGGGAAUAUUGGACGAGCUGUAAAAGCGGGUAAUUAUUUAUUAAAAGUAUUUGAAAAACAGCCAGAUUUAACAAAAGGAUUAUAUUUACGUUUGAACAAAAAUAAUGAAUUAAUCACUGAUUAUUCAGUUGAAAUGUCAUGGGCAUAUAUUGUUAAAAAAGUUGAAACAGAACAACCUUAUUUUAUGAUUGGUUAUCCUAUUGCAUAUUUGACAUUAUUAUAUGAAAAAACCGGUAAUACAAAUUUUCUAAAAUCUGCAAAAGAUUACAUGAAUUUUGCAUUAUCAUGUAAUGAACAUAUUUAUUCUUCCAGUAUGAGUCAUAAGUUAGCAUGGGCUGCAGCUUUACUUCUUAAACAUGAUGAUAACUUUGUACAACAUUAUUUGACAACUGUCGAGAAAAUUGCGAAUCAUUUUAUGAGUCAACAAUCUGAACAAGGUAUGCUCCCCGGAUCAAUUGACACUUCAUACGAUCAAAGUGCUGAAGUUGCAUGUUAUUUUCUGGAAAUAGUUAAUAUCUUGAAAUGUUAUAAAAGUCCAUAA